GACAAGUGUGAAAUGAGAACGUCAAAGUUCGGGCCAUUUCUGAAAUUACCGACUGUUUAGGGCUUUUAUACUUGGUUCCUUCAAAUUCGAAGAGAUUUCAAAGAAAUGGCGAUAUUCGCGGGAAAAUGCAUUUAUGGCGCUGCAUUUGAGCUUCAGUCCAGAGUUUUCGUGAAGCCAUGGGCGACGAUGAUUAUAGUCCGAUGUUGUUCGAAUUCGGAUGAAAGCUCCAUGAAUUUCCCAGUUAGAUCCAGUAUAGGAUUUUCUGUGCACGAGAAAUCACUGGAUAACGAUUUUAAGGAAGGCCAUGUUAUAUCAAAAGAAAAGAAAACUUGUAAUUCAAAUGUGAGAUUAGAGGUCGGAGAGCCUGAUUACAAAUCUGAUGAAUUUGAUGCCAUGGAAGGUCUCGAUGAGGAUUUAGAUGGACAUGAUUCUCUUAAUGGAGAAUACGAAAUCAAAAAUCUCACAAUUAAAACUAAAGAAGAAGCUGAGAAGACAGCAAUUAGAUUGCUUGGUGCAAGAGCAUAUACAGCACUUGAACUGAAGAAGAAACUGAUAGGAAAGAAAUUCUCCCAUGAAGUUGUGAAUGCUGUGAUUUCUGACUUCCAAAACAGAGGAUUUAUCAAUGAUUUGUUGUAUGCUGAAUCGUUUUCUCGAUCAAGAUGGUCUUCAUCGAGUUGGGGUCCACGUAGGAUCAAGCAGGCAUUGGCCAAAAAGGGAGUUAAUGAUGUGGAUGCACAGAAAGCAAUAAAAGUGGUGUUAGAAGAUGGGGAAACUGUUUCAAGAUUUGGGUUAUCAAAGCCAUCAAUGGAUCAUCUGUUUGCCCAAGUUUCAAAGCAAUGGCUUCGUGCUAAAGACCUGCCGACUGAAAAACAAAAAUCAAGAAUCAUCAAUUGGCUUCAAUACCGUGGCUUUAAUUGGGGCGUUAUUAACUUUAUUUUAAAAAAGCUACAAUCCGAGCAUCCUCCUUAAUGGUUCAAGCUGAGUUAUUUAAUCUUUAAACUAGAUGGAACACUCCCAGAAAUCCUAUCCAUGUUGACUCUAAAUCUAAAUCUAUAUAAUUGCACUCAUUGAUUGAAUCUCUAUAUACUAAUAUGGCU